AUGGUGACAAGUUGGGUGGCUGCUCUGGGACAACCAACGCCGGGAGCCAUAAUGGGCUUGGCGAGGAUGCCCAGGCUGGAGCAGAGGAAGGAAAGCAAAGUGCUGGCGACAGGUGGGGCUUCUGUGAACCUGGAUAUACUGCAGGUUCUGUCGGAUGUGUUCAAUUCUCCAGUGUACACAAUCAAAACAUCUGAUUCAGCUUGUUUGGGAAGUGCUUUCAGAGCAAAACAAGGGCCGACAGGGAAGGCCUUCAGAGAUGUUAUAAAAACGGGACCAGAACCAAAGCUUGUAGUAAGACCCAGCCCUGAAUCAGAGAAGGCAUAUUGUGUCAGCCGGUUUCAAAUGUUGGAGCAUUCAAUUAUGCACAGUUGUGAUAUGCCAGAAUGAUUUCUGUGAGAAUAUUCAUUGUUUACUUGAUGCAAUUAUAGUUAAACUAUAGUUAAAUGAGAAUUCAAUUUAGCAUUUCUAGAUAAUACAUUCCUGUACACUACAUAUUUUUCCGCUAUGUUUUGUCUGGUAUUUCCUUGGUACAUUUUCUGUAUAUUUUCUACCCUUGGAAAAGCUCAGCCCUUAACUUGGUUAUUAUUCAGACUUUAUCGAAUAACACAGCAGUUUAUUAGUUGAUGAGAUGCUAUAUGCCGUGUUACAUUUUCCACAUGAAAUCCCAUUCUCUUCCUUCUGCAUGAGAAUAUUAGCCUUGAUCCUUGUUUUCUGCAAUAGGUGAAGGGAGCCAUUAUCCACAGAACAUCGAUGCAAAAUACUAACCUGUGUAUCAGACAGUCACAAGAGAAGCGGAUGCUAAUGUUAAGGCAUCUUAAUGAUUUUAAACACUAAACAUGUUUGGUCAGACUACUGGGGUGGCUUUCUUGCUACCAAUUAAUCACUCCUGAGUAACUUGUAACAACUUGGAUAUCCUGACAUCAAGGAAAAUUACACUUAAAAUAUGAAAUUCAUUUGAAAGAAGGGAGAUUUGUCCCAAAUAUUUCAUGGUGUGUUGAAUUCAGCAAGAGUGAAUCAAAAUAGAAGAAUGACUUGCAAGAUGCCAAUUAGACUAAUCCAUUACUUCCACUUGAGGGACCACACUUUUCCCCUUUAUGUAGAGAUUCAGUAAAACCCUCGCUGUGUCUUUUAGUACUGUGUAAUCCAAGAUACAUUAUGAUGAGCAGUUCUAAAUUUAUGUAUACACACACAUUAAAUUCUUACAGCCAAUCUGAUUAGCCCACCACCACCCUUUGCUUCCUGCCUUUAUCUAGAAUUCUCAUGUUGCAGCAACUCAAAAUGACACUGGGGAACAACCAGACAUGCUUCUGAAGCAAACUUGUUUCAAUGACUGAUCACAUUCCAAGGUCACUAAAAUGACCUGGACAUUUACUAAUGUUCCAACUUAUUUAAGAGCAGAUUUUAUGGUUCUUGCUUGAAAGUUAAAAUGUUUUAGUGUUAUAUUAACUGGCUGUUGUUUCACAUGAUUUAUUUUCAAUUUAUUGUUAAAUUAAAAAAUUCUAGCUGAAAAGAUUUUUGUAGUUAUUUUUAACAUUAAACUCCCUCAUCUCAAUAAGGAAA